CAGGGGGAGGAGAGCGCGAGCGCACGCCGGCGGAGGUGUGGGUGUUCCGCUUCCAUCCUAACGGAACGGGCUCGGACUUCGCGGACAUGGGACUACCCAGCGGCUGCUGAACCCCGCUUCCCGCCGGGCUCCCCCAGAGCCGCGCGGCUCCCCAGGGCUCCAAGGUUGCUGACCACAGAAACACAGGCUUCGGAUCUCUGACUGGGCAGUGCUUUGGCAGCAGAGGGCCUGACCCUGGUCAGGAUUUUCAAGGAAGACAUGUCUGACAAAAUGUCUAGCUUCCUGCAUAUUGGAGACAUUUGUUCUCUGUACGCGGAGGGAUCGACCAAUGGAUUCAUCAGCACCUUGGGCCUGGUUGAUGACCGUUGUGUUGUACAGCCAGAAGCCGGAGACCUUAACAAUCCACCGAAGAAAUUCAGAGACUGCCUCUUCAAGCUAUGUCCCAUGAAUCGCUACUCUGCCCAGAAGCAGUUCUGGAAAGCUGCUAAGCCGGGGGCCAAUAGCACAACAGAUGCGGUGCUGCUCAACAAGCUGCAUCAUGCUGCAGACUUGGAAAAGAAGCAGAAUGAGACGGAAAACAGGAAGCUGCUGGGGACGGUGAUCCAGUACGGCAAUGUGAUCCAGCUCCUGCAUCUGAAAAGUAAUAAAUACCUAACUGUGAACAAGAGACUUCCAGCCCUGCUAGAGAAGAAUGCCAUGAGAGUGACGUUGGAUGAAGCUGGGAACGAAGGGUCCUGGUUUUACAUCCAGCCAUUCUACAAGCUGCGAUCCAUCGGAGACAGUGUGGUCAUUGGGGACAAGGUGGUUCUGAAUCCAGUCAAUGCCGGCCAGCCCCUCCAUGCCAGCAGCCAUCAGCUGGUGGACAACCCAGGUUGCAACGAGGUCAAUUCCGUCAAUUGCAAUACAAGCUGGAAAAUAGUCCUGUUCAUGAAGUGGAGUGACAACAAAGAUGACAUUUUGAAGGGGGGCGAUGUGGUGAGGCUCUUCCACGCGGAGCAGGAGAAGUUUCUCACAUGUGAUGAGCAUAGGAAGAAGCAACAUGUCUUCCUGAGGACCACCGGCCGGCAGUCGGCCACAUCUGCCACCAGUUCCAAAGCCCUGUGGGAGGUGGAGGUAGUCCAGCAUGACCCUUGUCGUGGUGGAGCAGGAUAUUGGAACAGCCUCUUCCGUUUCAAGCACCUGGCCACAGGGCAUUACUUGGCCGCAGAGGUAGACCCUGACUUUGAGGAAGAAUGCCUGGAGUUUCCACCCUCAGUGGACCCAGACCAGGACGCGUCUCGGAGUAGGCUGCGAAAUGCCCAAGAAAAGAUGGUAUACUCCCUGGUCUCCGUGCCUGAAGGCAACGAUAUCUCCUCCAUCUUUGAGCUCGACCCUACCACCCUCCGUGGAGGUGACAGCCUCGUCCCCAGGAACUCCUAUGUCCGGCUUAGACACCUGUGCACCAAUACCUGGGUUCACAGCACAAAUAUUCCUAUUGACAAGGAAGAGGAGAAGCCCGUAAUGCUGAAGAUCGGCACCUCUCCCGUGAAGGAGGAUAAGGAGGCCUUUGCCAUUGUUCCUGUGUCUCCCGCUGAAGUUCGGGACCUGGACUUUGCCAAUGAUGCCAGCAAGGUGCUGGGCUCCAUUGCCGGGAAGCUGGAGAAGGGCACCAUCACCCAGAAUGAAAGACGGUCUGUAACGAAGUUGCUGGAGGACUUGGUUUACUUUGUCACUGGUGGAACUAACUCUGGCCAGGACGUGCUUGAAGUUGUCUUCUCCAAGCCCAACAGAGAACGGCAGAAGCUGAUGAGGGAGCAGAACAUUCUCAAACAGAUCUUCAAGUUGCUGCAGGCCCCCUUCACAGACUGUGGGGACGGCCCCAUGCUGCGGCUGGAGGAGCUGGGGGACCAGCGGCAUGCUCCCUUCAGACAUAUCUGUCGCCUCUGCUACAGAGUCCUGAGGCACUCACAGCAAGACUACAGGAAGAACCAGGAGUACAUAGCCAAGCAGUUUGGCUUCAUGCAGAAGCAGAUUGGCUAUGAUGUGCUGGCAGAAGACACUAUCACGGCCCUGCUCCACAACAACCGGAAACUCCUGGAAAAGCACAUCACCGCCGCAGAGAUUGAUACUUUCGUUAGUCUCGUGCGAAAGAACAGGGAGCCCAGGUUCUUAGAUUACCUCUCCGACCUCUGUGUGUCCAUGAACAAGUCAAUUCCAGUGACACAGGAGCUGAUCUGUAAAGCCGUGCUGAAUCCCACCAAUGCGGACAUCCUCAUUGAGACCAAGUUGGUUCUUUCUCGUUUUGAAUUUGAAGGUGUUUCAACCGGAGAAAAUGCUCUGGAGGCUGGAGAAGAUGAGGAAGAGGUGUGGCUAUUUUGGAGGGACAGCGACAAAGAAAUUCGUAGCAAGAGCGUCAGGGAAUUGGCCCAGGAUGCUAAAGAAGGACAAAAAGAAGACCGAGAUGUUCUCAGCUACUACAGGUAUCAGCUGAACCUCUUUGCGAGGAUGUGCCUGGACCGCCAGUACCUGGCCAUCAAUGAAAUCUCAGGCCAGCUGGAUGUGGAUCUCAUCCUUCGCUGCAUGUCCGAUGAGAACCUGCCCUAUGACCUGAGGGCUUCCUUCUGCCGCCUCAUGCUUCACAUGCAUGUGGACCGAGACCCCCAGGAACAGGUCACCCCUGUGAAAUAUGCCCGCCUCUGGUCGGAGAUCCCCUCCGAGAUCGCCAUUGAUGACUACGACAGUAGCGGAGCAUCCAAAGAUGAGAUUAAGGAGAGGUUUGCGCAAACCAUGGAGUUUGUGGAGGAGUAUUUGAGAGACGUGGUUUGUCAGAGGUUCCCUUUUUCUGAUAAGGAGAAAAAUAAGCUCACGUUCGAGGUUGUAAACUUAGCCAGGAAUCUCAUAUACUUUGGUUUCUACAACUUCUCUGACCUCCUACGGUUAACCAAGAUCCUCCUGGCCAUAUUAGAUUGUGUGCAUGUGACAACAAUCUUCCCCAUUACCAAGAUUGUGAAAGGAGAAGAGAAUAAAGGUAACAAUGAUGAGGAGAAGCUCAAGAGCAGCAACGUGAUGAGGUCUAUUCACGGUGUCGGCGAGCUGAUGACGCAGGUGGUGCUCCGGGGAGGAGGCUUUUUGCCUAUGACUCCCAUGGCUGCCGCCCCUGAAGGCAAUGUGAAGCAGGCGGAGCCCGAGAAAGAGGACAUCAUGGUCAUGGACACCAAGCUGAAGAUCAUUGAAAUUCUCCAGUUUAUUUUGAAUGUGAGAUUGGAUUAUAGGAUCUCCUGCCUCCUGUGUAUAUUUAAACGAGAGUUUGAUGAAAGCAAUUCCCAGACUUCAGAAACGUCCUCCGGAAAUAGCAGCCAAGAAGGGCCAAGUAGUGUACCAGGUGCUCUAGACUUUGAACACAUUGAAGAACAAGCGGAAGGCAUCUUUGGAGGGAGUGAGGAGAACACCCCGCUGGACUUGGACGAUCACGGUGGCAGAACCUUCCUCCGCGUCCUCCUGCACUUGACGAUGCACGACUACCCACCCCUGGUGUCUGGGGCCCUGCAGCUCCUCUUUCGGCACUUCAGUCAGAGGCAGGAGGUCCUCCAGGCCUUCAAACAGGUCCAACUGCUGGUUACGAGCCAAGACGUGGACAACUACAAACAAAUCAAACAGGACUUGGAUCAGCUGCGGUCCAUUGUGGAGAAGUCGGAGCUCUGGGUGUACAAAGGUCAGGGCCCCGAUGAGCCCAUGGAGGGUGCCUCUGGUGAAAACGAACACAAGAAAGCCGAGGAGGGGAAUAACAAGUCACAGAAGCACGAAAGCACCAGCAGCUACAACUACAGGGUGGUGAAAGAGAUCCUGAUUCGACUUAGCAAACUCUGUGUCCAAGAGAGCGCCUCAGUGAGGAAGAGCAGAAAGCAGCAGCAGCGGCUGCUGCGGAACAUGGGUGCACACGCCGUGGUGUUAGAGCUGCUGCAGAUCCCCUAUGAGAAGGCCGAAGACACCAAGAUGCAGGAGAUAAUGAGGCUGGCUCACGAGUUUUUACAGAAUUUCUGCGCGGGCAACCAGCAGAAUCAAGCUUUGCUGCAUAAACACAUCAACCUGUUUCUCAACCCAGGGAUCCUGGAGGCCGUGACAAUGCAGCACAUCUUCAUGAACAACUUCCAGCUUUGCAGCGAGAUCAACGAGCGAGUGGUCCAGCACUUUGUCCACUGCAUCGAGACCCACGGGCGGAAUGUCCAGUAUAUAAAGUUCUUGCAGACAAUCGUCAAGGCGGAAGGGAAAUUCAUUAAGAAGUGCCAAGACAUGGUCAUGGCUGAGCUGGUCAAUUCAGGAGAGGACGUUCUGGUGUUCUACAAUGACAGAGCCUCUUUCCAGACGCUCAUCCAGAUGAUGCGGUCCGAGCGGGACCGAAUGGAUGAGAACAGCCCCCUCAUGUACCACAUUCACCUGGUGGAGCUGCUGGCUGUGUGCACGGAGGGCAAAAAUGUCUACACUGAGAUCAAGUGCAACUCGCUGCUCCCGCUGGAUGACAUCGUCCGCGUGGUCACCCAUGAGGACUGCAUCCCCGAGGUUAAAAUUGCAUAUAUUAACUUCCUGAAUCACUGCUAUGUGGAUACUGAGGUGGAAAUGAAGGAGAUUUAUACCAGCAAUCACAUGUGGAAAUUAUUUGAAAAUUUCCUGGUGGACAUCUGCAGGGCCUGUAACAACACAAGCGACAGGAAACACGCCGACUCCAUUUUGGAGAAGUAUGUCACUGAAAUCGUGAUGAGUAUCGUUACUACCUUCUUCAGCUCUCCCUUCUCCGACCAGAGUACCACUUUGCAGACCCGCCAGCCUGUCUUUGUACAACUACUGCAGGGUGUGUUCAGGGUUUACCACUGCAACUGGCUAAUGCCAAGCCAGAAAGCCUCUGUGGAGAGCUGCAUCCGGGUGCUUUCUGAUGUAGCCAAGAGCCGGGCCAUUGCCAUUCCUGUGGACCUGGACAGCCAAGUGAACAACCUGUUCCUGAAGUCCCACAACAUUGUGCAGAAAACCGCCAUGAACUGGAGGCUGUCAGCCCGCAACGCUGCCCGAAGAGACUCCGUUCUAGCAGCUUCCCGGGACUACCGGAAUAUCAUCGAGAGAUUGCAGGACAUCGUCUCCGCGCUGGAGGACCGCCUAAGGCCCCUGGUCCAGGCCGAGUUAUCUGUGCUGGUGGACGUCCUGCACAGACCCGAGCUGCUUUUCCCCGAGAACACAGAUGCCAGAAGGAAAUGUGAAAGUGGCGGCUUCAUUUGCAAAUUAAUAAAGCAUACUAAGCAGCUGCUAGAGGAAAAUGAAGAAAAACUUUGUAUUAAAGUCUUACAGACCCUCAGAGAAAUGAUGACCAAAGACAGAGGCUACGGAGAAAAGCUGCCACAAACUCCGGAAUCUGAGAACUCCACCGAGGAGCUUGAAUCAAGUCCACCCCUGAGGCAACUGGAAGACCAUAAAAGGGGUGAGGCGCUCAGACAAAUUCUGGUCAACCGUUACUAUGGAAACAUCAGACCUUCGGGAAGACGAGAGAGCCUUACCAGCCUUGGCAAUGGCCCCCUGUCACCAGGAGGACCCAGCAAGCCUGGGGGAGGAGGUGGAGGCUCUGGAUCCGGCUCUAUGAGUAGAGGUGAGAUGAGCCUGGCAGAGGUUCAGUGCCACCUCGACAAAGAAGGGGCCUCCAACCUGGUGAUAGACCUCAUCAUGAAUGCGUCCAGCGACCGCGUGUUCCACGAGAGCAUCCUCCUGGCCAUCGCCCUGCUGGAGGGAGGCAACACCACCAUCCAGCACUCCUUUUUCUGCCGGUUGACAGAAGACAAGAAGUCAGAGAAGUUCUUUAAGGUCUUUUACGAUCGAAUGAAGGUGGCCCAGCAGGAGAUCAAGGCGACAGUGACAGUGAACACCAGUGACUUGGGAAACAAAAAGAAGGACGAUGAGAUAGACAGGGAUGCCCCAUCCCGGAAAAAAGCCAAAGAGCCAUCCCCCCAGAUCACAGAGGAGGUCCGGGACCAGCUCCUGGAGGCGUCCGCAGCCACCAGGAAAGCCUUCUCCACCUUCAGGAGGGAGGCCGACCCCGACGACCACUACCAGCCAGGGGAGGGCGCCCAGGCCGCGGCCGACAAGGCCAAGGACGACCUGGAGAUGAGCGCCGUCAUCACCAUCAUGCAGCCCAUCCUGCGCUUCCUGCAGCUCCUGUGUGAGAACCACAACCGAGACCUCCAGAACUUUCUCCGUUGCCAAAAUAACAAGACCAACUAUAAUUUGGUGUGUGAGACACUGCAGUUUCUGGACUGCAUUUGCGGAAGCACCACCGGAGGCCUUGGUCUUCUUGGACUGUACAUAAAUGAAAAGAAUGUUGCACUCAUCAACCAGACCCUGGAAAGUCUGACAGAGUACUGCCAAGGACCUUGCCAUGAGAACCAGAACUGCAUAGCCACCCACGAGUCCAACGGCAUUGACAUCAUCACGGCCCUGAUCCUCAAUGACAUCAACCCUCUGGGAAAGAAGCGGAUGGACCUGGUGUUAGAACUGAAGAACAAUGCUUCCAAGCUGCUCCUGGCCAUCAUGGAGAGCAGACACGACAGCGAGAACGCCGAGAGGAUCCUCUACAACAUGAGACCCAAGGAGCUGGUGGAAGUGAUCAAGAAAGCCUACAUGCAAGGCGAAGUGGAAUUUGAGGACGGAGAAAAUGGAGAGGACGGAGCUGCCUCCCCCAGGAACGUGGGCCACAACAUCUACAUCCUCGCUCACCAGUUGGCUCGGCAUAACAAAGAACUUCAGACCAUGCUGAAACCUGGCGGCCAAGUGGACGGAGAUGAAGCUCUGGAAUUCUACGCCAAGCACACGGCACAGAUUGAGAUUGUCAGAUUAGACCGAACAAUGGAGCAGAUCGUCUUCCCUGUGCCCAGCAUCUGUGAAUUCCUAACAAAAGAGUCAAAAUUACGAAUAUACUACACCACCGAGAGAGAUGAGCAGGGCAGCAAAAUCAAUGACUUCUUCCUGCGCUCUGAAGACCUCUUCAACGAAAUGAACUGGCAGAAGAAACUGCGAGCCCAGCCCGUCCUGUACUGGUGUGCUCGCAACAUGUCUUUCUGGAGCAGCAUCUCAUUUAACCUGGCCGUCCUGAUGAAUCUGCUUGUGGCGUUCUUCUACCCAUUUAAAGGAGUGCGAGGAGGAACGCUAGAGCCGCACUGGUCCGGCCUGCUGUGGACAGCCAUGCUCAUCUCUCUGGCCAUCGUCAUUGCCCUGCCCAAACCCCAUGGCAUCCGGGCCCUAAUUGCUUCCACAAUUCUGCGGCUGAUAUUUUCCGUCGGGUUACAACCCACAUUGUUUCUGCUGGGCGCUUUCAAUGUCUGCAAUAAAAUCAUCUUUCUGAUGAGCUUUGUGGGCAACUGUGGAACAUUCACCCGGGGUUACCGAGCCAUGGUUCUGGAUGUUGAGUUCCUCUAUCAUUUGCUGUAUCUGCUGAUCUGCGCCAUGGGGCUCUUUGUCCACGAGUUCUUCUACAGUUUGCUGCUUUUUGAUUUAGUGUACCGAGAAGAGACAUUGCUUAAUGUCAUCAAAAGCGUCACCCGCAACGGACGGUCUAUCAUCUUGACAGCAGUGCUGGCUCUGAUCCUGGUCUACCUGUUUUCCAUAGUGGGAUAUCUUUUCUUCAAGGAUGAUUUUAUCUUGGAAGUAGAUAAAUUGCCCAAUGAAACAGCUGUUCCAGAAACCAGCGAGAGUUUGGCAAGAGAGUUCCUGUACUCUGACGUGUGCAGGGUGGAGACAGGGGAGAACUGCUCCUCCCCCGCCCCUAAGGAAGCGCUGGUAGUCCCUGUGGAGCAAACGGAGCAGGACAAGGAACACACGUGCGAGACCCUGCUGAUGUGCAUCGUCACCGUGCUGAGUCACGGGCUGCGGAGUGGGGGCGGAGUGGGAGACGUGCUCCGGAAGCCAUCAAAGGAGGAGCCCCUCUUUGCCGCGAGAGUGAUCUACGACCUCUUGUUCUUCUUCAUGGUCAUCAUCAUUGUCCUCAACCUGAUUUUUGGGGUCAUCAUUGACACCUUCGCCGACCUGAGGAGUGAGAAGCAGAAGAAAGAGGAGAUCUUGAAGACCACAUGCUUCAUCUGCGGCUUAGAAAGAGACAAGUUUGACAACAAGACGGUCACCUUUGAGGAGCACAUCAAGGAAGAGCACAACAUGUGGCACUACCUGUGCUUCAUCGUCCUGGUGAAGGUGAAGGACUCCACCGAGUACACGGGGCCCGAGAGCUACGUGGCAGAGAUGAUCAAGGAAAGGAACCUGGACUGGUUCCCCAGGAUGCGGGCCAUGUCCUUGGUGAGCAGUGACUCGGAGGGAGAGCAAAACGAGCUGCGGAACCUGCAAGAGAAGCUGGAGUCCACCAUGAAGCUGGUCACCAAUCUCUCUGGCCAACUGUCGGAACUGAAGGACCAGAUGACAGAACAGAGGAAGCAGAAACAAAGAAUUGGCCUUCUAGGACAUCCUCCUCACAUGAAUGUCAACCCCCAGCAGCCGGCCUAAGCAGAUGCGCUACAGGAGUGGUAUUUACCCUUUUCAGUUAUCAGCGGUGCGGGUGCGGCUAAUCACUUCUGAUUUCAGCCACUGAGGUUGCGUCCACACUUAGUACAUUUGUAAAUACUCAGUUUUUCUACCAUAUGUAUAUGAUUGCUACUCUGAAGGUUUGGAUAUAUGUAUUGUAAGUAGAUUUGUUGGCAUGAUGACUUUUCAUUUGUGCCAAAAUAUAUAUAUAUAUAUAUAUAUAUUUUAAAAAAUGCCUUUCUUGGAAGGACUAAAGAAAGCACCUGAUUUGCACUUGAACCAGAUUAUUGACUUAAAAGUAUACGACAUGUAUUUUGUAUUUAAAAAACUAGUAUAGCCAGUAUUUAUGUCAUUUAUAUAUAUACAUAUAUAUAAAACUGUGCAAUACGAAUUAUGUAAUCACGACAAAUUUGUAACUCCCGCAUACCCUAAUAAGGGAGUGUCCAUCUUUGAAGCUGGUGUGUGAAUACUAUGUAAUAAAUGGUUAAAUAUCGAAUGAUGCUGCUGCCAGAAUUAUAUUAAGAGUGAGUUUCAGGCCCUUGGGCAUCCCAUACCAUGUAAUUAUCCUAUGGUGACGCUUUUUCUCCUUGCUAGUAGCAUCCGUGCCUCUGUCUCUUAGUGACAUGCGCCAAGUCUAGAAACUGUACAAUCAACAUUCAUUUUAAAGAAAAACAACCUUAGUUUCAAGGAUACUUUUAAGCUUCUAAAUCUAUCAUUUAAACUACAUCUUUAAGUAAGAGCCAUAUUAGAGGCUCACACUUUAGCUUGUGAAGAAUUUAGUGAACUCUUUUUUUAAAGGGAACCUUUUAAGUAUUGUUUGAGAUAACUGAGAAUUUGUUGGCCAACCCAAUAUCACGUCCAGGGUGAAUUUAGAUGCCAUGUUCUGAGGAAAUGAGGUAACACCGAUGGUGGUUUCCAGGUUCUUUAGUCCAAACAGUAGAGUUGUAUUCUCCUUCAUCGGAACCAUCUGGCUACCGCGGCGAAGGAUGAAAACUCUGUGCAUCCAUGUGAAGUUGAGAUUGGAGCUGUCCUCUGAGAAUCCGUACUUGAACACUGAACACUGACAUACAUGACCUCUUGUGAAAGAGCCGCGCUUUGGCUUUAUUCCUUCAUCACCUGAGUUCUUGUCUGGAUGGAUGAGAGGGAUGAGGGAACUUUGCUACCUAGUUUUGUACCUGGGUCUCAUUUUACUCCAGAGCCUCUCUGCAAAAAAAAAUAAAAAUAAAAAAAGCUUCAACACGUAUCCAUA